AUGGCGGGCGACGCGGGAGGCCCGGUCUCGCCAGGCACCGGGCGGGCACCGCGCCGCUCCCGCCGUUCACUCCCUCAGCUCCGGGCGGGGCGCAGGCGCCCUCGGUGGCAGGCGGGACCAGGCCCCAGCACCGCCCCGGCAGCGGGAGGGCUCGGUGGAAGGAGGGAGAUGGCGGCGCAGCUGCUGCUUCUGCUCCUGUCGCUGCUGCUGCCGGCAGCCACCUUCUACCUGUGCUGCGUGCGGCGGCACACCGGUAGCGCGGGGGCCGUGCUGCGCCGCCGGCAGCCGGGACGGGCCGAAGAGCGGGGCCGCUGGCGGCCGCGGGACACUUGGGCACCGCGGCUGUGCGGCUCCGGACUGCGCCUCUUCGUCCAUGUGGCCAACACGGCUUUUGGACAGAUCUGCUUACUGCCAUUCUUAAUAAGGCUGAACAACUUCUCACUCAUGCGUUCACUUGACAUUCACGAAGAUCCCACGUUUAUCCCGGAGGUUGCUGCAGAGGUUACAGAAGACAAGUCUGAGGCUAAAAGCACUUCGGAUAUUAUCGAGCAGCUGAUAGAUGCAAGGUCUGAUUCUGCUAGCAAUGGGUUUAGCUUCAAAGGGAUCAAAGACUACCUGGACUGCUACCGGAGUGGGAAGCUGACGCCAUCUCAGGUAGCAAAGAACAUCAUUGCUGUGCUGGAGGACUGCGACAAAUCCACGCCUCCACUCAGAGCGAUAGUGCAAUGGGACCAGGAGCAAAUAAUGCUGAUGGCUGAGGCCUCCACUGUUCGUUACAGGAAGAAAUGUACCCUGUCUUAUCUGGAUGGCAUCCCAGUGUGCCUGAAAGAAGAGUUCAAAGUGGUACCUUACCAUCACCAAGUGGGAACAGUGUAUCUCGGGACAGAGCCCGAAACAGAAGAUGCUACUGUGGCCAAGAAGCUGCGAGAGGCUGGGGCUAUCAUUAUUGGGGUCUCGAACAUGCAUGAACUAGGGACUGGAACAACUGGAUGCAACCCUAAUAGGUACCACAAGAUCCCUAGGAAUCCCUACAAGCCAAACCACUUCACAGGUGGGAGCUCCAGUGGGUCAGCAGCAGCUGUAGCAGCAGGUCUCUGCCCAGUGGCUAUUGGCACAGAUGGAGGUGGCUCCGUGAGGAUUCCUGCUUCGUUCUGUGGUGUGGUCGGGCUGAAAGGUACAUUUGGGCGCAUCAGUUCUCAUGGCAGCUUGCCGCUCUCCUACUCCACUGUCAGUGUAGGCCCUAUUUGUACCUCGGUGGCAGAUGCAGCCAUUGUUUACAGUAUCCUUGCUGAGCCGGAUCCGCUCUAUCCAUAUGGACUAAAACAGCCCAAAGCAACCCUAUCUGAUAUGUGUGCUCCUGACCUGAAAGGCUUAAAACUGGGAGUGGACCGGACAUUUUUUAAGGCAUGCGAUGCUGAAGUACUAUCCAUCUGUGAGAAAGCUGUGGAGCACCUGCAGAGUUUGGGAGCCAGCGUGGUUGAAGUGUCUCUUCCAGAGAUAGAGGAAGUGCGAGUAGCGCAUGUAAUCUGCAUUCUCAGUGAGAUGCGGGACUUCCUGCAACCUGACUUCAAUAAACAUUUCCAGGAAAUGAAUUUAGAAACUCGGGCUAACCUGGCCUUGGCUUCCCAGUUCACAGCUCUGGAUUAUAUUACGGCAAAUCGACAGAGAACUCGGAGUAUGAGAUUUUUGCAAGAGAUCUUCACCUCUGUGAACUGUAUCCUUACACCAGCUGUUGCUUGUACUGCCCCAAGAAUCUAUGAAUCUGACCUCUUGACUGGGAGCAGUGACUUGUCCUUCACAGCUCGAUCCAUGAGGUUUAUGCAGCUUGGUAACUUCACUGGGAUUCCAGGCCUUGUGGUCCCCAUUGGGUAUUCUACUGCUGGGCUUCCUAUCAGCUUCCAGGUCAUGGCAAAAUGGUGGGAUGAAGCUGUUCUUCUGAGGAUUGGUCUGAAGCUAGAGCAGUUUCGUUACCAGACCAAAAAACCAUCCAUUUAUUACGACAUACUUGCAUGACGGAGUGACCAAGAUGGGGAAUAAGUCUUUUUUUUUUUUUUUUUUUUUUUCCCUAGUCUGACCUGAUCAAGUGUUAAGAGUGGGCUUGUUCCCAAUGCUUAUCUGAAUGAGGCUUAGCAGCAGGCCCAUUUGAGGAAUGGGGAGGAAAACUGAUGCUGAGCAGACAUAAUUUCUGC